GAACAUGCAGACGACACAGACACGACAGGCAGGCGGAUUUGAUAUUACCUCCAUCUCUCCUUCUUGGCGAGUGUUACUCAGCUGUCUCAGACUCGUUUAUGUUUGCUUAUUGAGAUGGCCCCCAGAUGAACAAACCAACUCUAUUCUUUUCAUUAUUAGCUUAUCCUACACAGUACUCAACUCCUUUGAUGUCUGCCUGACCUAGCAACAUGAUCCUUAUAGAUUUCCUGCUGGACCUGGUCUGGAUGAUCCUGAGUGUCCUGUACUACAUAGGAGAGAGCCUGGUCCUGUUCCUAGUCCCAACCGCUUUCCGCAAGAAGUCCAUCGAGGGGGAGUUGGUGCUGAUCACAGGAGCUGGGAGUGGGAUAGGCAGACUUCAAGCCAUUAAAUUUGCUGCCGUGGGAUGCGAUGUUGUACUAUGGGAUAUCAACACAAAAGGAAUCGAGGAGACGGCAAAAUUAGUCCGAAAAACAGGAAGGAAAGCCUGGUACUACGUUUGUGAUGUCAGCAAAAGGGAGACGGUGUACGAAGUGGCAGCCAAGGUCAAGAGAGAAGCUGGGAUGGUCACAAUACUCGUCAACAACGCUGGGAUCAUCGCUGGUCAAAAGUUCAUCAAUCUGACCGACGAUGCAAUACAGAGGACCAUGGACGUCAAUGCUUUAGCACACGCCUGGACUCUGAAAGCAUUUCUUCCAGACAUGAUGAAGAAAGAUCACGGUCACAUCGUCACCAUCGCCAGUAUCAUGGGCGAACUGUCCGCUGCAGGGAUGUCGGAGUACUGUAUGAGCAAGUUUGCCGCUGUAGGUUUGCAUGAAUCGGUCUUACGAGAGACGAGGGCUGCCGGUAAAACAGGAAUCCAUUUCACGUUAGUCAACCCCUACAUGAUUAACACUGGCAUGUUUGCAGGGACAAAGAUCAGAUAUGAAAUGAUCGUACCUACUCUGGAACCGGAAUAUGUGGCAGGGAAGGUGGUGGAAGCGGUGCAAACUCAAACAGCAUUGGUGCGCACACCGGUCUUACUACAUCUCAUGGUGCUCCUGAAAGACUUGUUACCUCAGAAAGCCAUUUUCAGUAUGGAGGACUUCUUUGAGACAGCCAAAGCUAUGGAUAACUUUGUUGGGAGACGUCACAUCAAUAACAGCUAAUCAUUCAUUCAUGACUACUCCCACUCCACUGCCAUCGAAAAUGCAAUGUGCCCAACUGUUUAGGAACCAAUACAUCAAGGACCUUGAGUUUUGAGCCACAUGAAAUCUCAACAUGAGAAAGAUGACCUUCCAGGAAGUUCAAAUCCUUCAAGGUAUUCAAGGUAUCAAGGUUUAUGAUGAGUAGUGGUAGCUAAAGUUUAAUGGGCAUAAAGUGAUUAAAAAUGUUCUCAUACUAACUUAGCUCCGUAAAAAUUACAAAGCUAUUCUGUAACUGUAAGAAAAAUACUUCAAAUGAUCAUAUCUCAACCAUCACAGUCUUUGCAACAUAAAAUUGCAUACUAAGUACGCUAAUUUGUCAGUCUCUCUCCUAUCCACAAAAUGGUUUUUAUUCCACUAUCACAUGGAAUUGCACUCAAUGUAUAUUUUACACACCAAUGAUAAUAAUAAUAAUAAUAUCAUAUGUUACCCAGGGUAUCCACUUCAGUUCCAAAAAACUGUUCUCCCAGCGGGCCCUGCUUAUUAUUGUUAAGCAUGACAAUAUCAAAUGUUAUCUCAAAGGAUGGUGACAAAGCUGAAAUUUUCAAUCCAACUUUAUUUCAAUUACAACUCAUGAAAAAUGCAUUAAAUUCAUUACCACAAUGAUAACCAAGUACGUAAUGAAUUGUUCCCUGUUGUGUGUUUAUCAUCCCAGAUUUUGUAAUGUAUUGCUAUACUCAAUAUGCUUUUAUGUCAUUCAGGCAGGGUUGUAACGCGUCACUAAAUUUCUGAUCAAGUUAUUAAAGUCAUUUUAGGGUUUAAGUCAAAUCAGUCACUGUACAAAUGUCAAUGUGUGAACGUUGAAAACUGCUUGAGUCACUGGUAGGUGACUGGAGUCUUGACUUGAUUACAAGCGUGGAUUCAAGUUAAUUAACUCGAUACUGUGGUUUCAAAAUUAAAUGAUUGAUUGAUAUCCUAUCUUUUGCCUAGCUGCCAAAGUGAUUCUCAAGUAUUACAUUUUAGUACUAGGUACUUAUUAAUGUAGGGUUUUUUAGUCAUGUUUUUGACAAUGAUUGUUUGUCUCAUCUCGGUCUCGAAGGCUAAUUUCUUGAGUCUCUGUCUCAAAAAGAAAUGUUCUUAUCGCAUAGGCGAGGGUGAGAUAUUUAAAAAAACGUGAUAUUGAAAAUUUAAUCCCAAUGCUUUUCUUUAAUCUGUCAGUGAUGGAGGUCUUGAGACAAGAGACAAUUGUGUUUUUCAUGUCUCAUCUUAUUCUCAAACACUGAUUGCCUGGGCUAUGUCUCUGUCUCAAAGAGAAAUGUCUCAUGUCCCAUAGGCCAAGGUGGGACACUGAAUAAAGGCCUCAGUUUUGAAGAGUUAAACUCAGUGCUUCACUUCAAUCUGUCAGUAUUGGGUGUCUUGAGACAGUGAUUGUGAGUGUCUCAUGUUUCAUCCCAUUCUCAGAUGCUGAUGUCUUGGUUCUCUGUCUCAAAGAGAAUUGUUUUAUGUCUCAAAGGCUAGGGUCAGACACUGAACAAAUAACUCAAUUUUGAAGAGUUAUUCUCAGUGCCUUACUUCAAUCUAUCAGUGUUGAGUGUCUUUAGACAAUGAUGGUGUCUCAUGUUUCAUCUCAGUCCUGGACUCUGUUUUUCUUGUGUCUGACUCAAAGGGAGAUUUCUUGUGUCAUAAAGGCUGAGACAUCAGCGAAUCAUGACAUGAAUUGUGUCUUAUCUUGGUCUCUGCUGAUUCUGGUCACAAGGGUCUAUAUCUCAGAUGCUGUCUCAUCCGAGACUGUCUCUGUCUUAGAUCUACACUUGCACCCAGACUCCUGGGUUUUUACCUAGGAGCGAAGAAAGCGUAAAUGCUUGUAAACAAGCAACCAGAGGAGCCGAAGGCUUAAGGUCCUUUCCAAGGGAUCUGGUAAUGAGGAUAACCGGUUCACUGGAAUCUGAAAGCCCUGCUCUACCGACUGAGCUAGCUGUCACACCUCGUCAUAUAAUUGAUAAGAAAUAUGCGUAUGAUCAUGGUACACACUCAGGUACAGUGUAUUGCAAACAACUCAUAAUGAUCAAAACGUUGAUGUAUGGUUAAAUGACUUCUUGUAAGUGAUCAUCUUAAAGUUUAUACCUGAAAUAGAAAUUCACAGAUACUUAUUUUUACAAAUGACGUUACUGGUUUAGUACUUAUUUUUACAAUUGAUGUUGAUUGUUAAUUCCUUGUUUUUACAACUUAUACUUUAAUUGUUAACUACACAACUUACAUGUAUCAUAUGGUACCAAUUCUCUCUAUUGGCUGGUUGCAGUGGAUACUUUUAAUGAUAUCUCGCAAUUAUGAAGCAAGUGGAAAAUUCAUGGUGAUAAGAAAUCAUGAAUAAAUUGGGUUUUUUUUUUCACUAUCAUAUAUGAAAGGAAUGUAUAUUCAAUCAGCAACUGGAAAGUCUAAUCAUUCCCACUUCCGUAAGAGAAAUAUUUUCAGUCAUCAUGAAUCAUUAAAUAAUGAGAAUUUAUUGAAUUUGUAUAACAUGACAUAGAGUUCCUGCUGGCAUAUGAAACCUCAAUUCAAGUCCAUAAAAAUUAUCUAAUUUUCAAUGGAUGUUUGUCAAACCUUAAAAUGUUUUCUUUAUUUUUCUGCAUAUAUUAACCCUAUCUAGGCCAGGGUAUCUUGGAAGAUCAUAUGGUAGGGGGGCCUCCCUGCCCCCCCCCCCCCCCCUCUUGAGAUCUCGGCCGUUGAUCGUGCGAUCGCACCGAAAAUUAGCACGCAGGUGUUGAUCUAAUUUUUGAUGUAGAAACUCUUUGUGGUGUUCUUAGCAAAUGUACAUGAAAAAAUUGCGAUAUUAGAUCAAUUUCUGAUGUAUUAUAUUCUUUUUUUGCAAUUUCUUAUGUGUUUCUUUGUUUUUUGGACCUUUUGCUUUUCAUCGUUUUUUUAUGAACUUUGUUUGGGUCUCUUGAGAUCAUACAGAGCAUUAAAAAUCCAAAACUUUGAUAAAAAAAUUGCACCCUCAUCUACAACAUUUCUGCAAGUAAAAUUUAUUCGUUUCCAAUAACUUUGUUGUUUUCAUGUUCAUAUGUUAUUUCUAUGUUCAUUACAUGUAUAUUUUUCUUUUAAACAAUUACAUCAUUACAUAUUUUAUGUUCAUGUAGUUUACAAUUAGUUGAUAGUGGAGUACAAUUAUUAGAAUCUGUCAACAAUCUUGUACUCACUUUAUCCUGUUUAUGUACCUGGAACACAAAUAGUGUAAACUAUGUAUCUUGUUUUUUUUUCUCUUUUAUUAAAGUGUUUUUCAAUGUGCACAAAGGUAUUCUGUGAUCUUCAAUGAUAAAGGUUUGUUUGUGCAGUUUGCCACUGCUUUUACCUUCUCAACAGACAAAGAAAUCAAUUUUUGCGAUAAAUGAUUUUUGUGUUCAAAUUUAGCUUUUUUAUUAUAUGUAUGGCUGUUUUGGAGAGCUAAAAUAUGCGAUUAAGAGAAAAAAUUUCAUCUCGAGAAUUAAGGUAGAGUAAUAGGGCUAUAAAAUUUGAGAGAUUCAAAAUAUUUGACAGUCUUAUACCGUUUAUAGAAGGAUAAAAAAGAUUGAUUUUAGCCUAGGGCUUAGGAUACUGAUUAGAGGAUAUUAUACAUGUAUAGUAGUUUCUUACAAUUUUGGUACAGAUUUCUGACAAGUAAAUAUUGCUUGUGAUCUUGUGCUAUUUUGUGUGUUUAUUUAUUUUGCUAGUGAUUGCUUAAUGAUUUUUGCAACUGAAAUUAUGGUUAUGUGUGUGAACUGUGAAGAAAUAUCAAUUUGAUCAAUUUGUUUCAUGGGUGCUAGAAACCAAGCAGCAAUUUAAAAUGAUCAUGUUUGUACAAAGUGGAAUAAUGCUGUAUUAUAUUAUGAUGUGAAUAUAUAAUGAUCACCUUAUGUUUUUAUCAUAUUAUAUUGACUAUUUUUGUAAAAAUCUGCAAGACUUAAAAUGGAAAUGUACAUUUUUUGGCAAUGUUAAUUAACUAUAUAUGUUCCAUCCGUGAUUGUGUGCACCUCAACAUGCUAUUCUAUCAUAAAUUUUAAAUAAACAAAAAUUAGAAUAA